AAAUAUAUGCUUGUAUUCGGGUAGAAACGUUAUUACCAUCCUUGAAAUAUAGAUCUUAAGAAUAAAUUUUUCUUACUUACCAAGAACUUGAUUUACUUCACAGGUUCAUUUCAUGAAAAGCAAGGGCGGAAGCAGUGCACAUGACUUAAUUUAUAAUAUAUUAGGAUCUGUGGUGACAAAUGAUCUGGCAUCCCAUUACAGCUUUUACGGGCAGAAGAAAAAAGGCAAAUUUCAGGAAUUGCUUUUAUGCUCCUGUAUUUUCUUUGCCGUAAGAACAGUUAAUGACAAGAUCACAGAUGCAGAAAUCAUUACCAGCAUUCGUAUGUGGUUGGACAACUCAAAAACGAGGGCUGAAAGAAAUAAGAAGAAUGCCAGUAGUGGUCGACGGGUAUUCUCCCUGGUCAUGCCAGAAGAUGAUAUACAGGAAGAUUGAGAGAUAAAUGGUGUUAAGAUGAUGAAUAGAUUCCAAUAAAAUUUUUUUCACUGAUUU